AUGUACGUCUUCACAAAGCGCUUUGGGCGCGGGGAAGUAGAGCUGGGCACAAUGUUCAAGAGGUCAAAACUACACGAAAAACGCGUGUGUUUGGUGACGUCACGCGGGAGGCGGUAUUGCGGUAGCGGAAGAACCCCCUUGAACCGCGCAACUGUCUCUGAGAUCACAGAGGAGGCAUGUCGAGAGGCGGAAAUUUACCACCAGGCAGGACUUGAUGGGCUGAUCAUUGAAAACAUGCAUGAUAUUCCUUACACCCUUGAGGUGGGUCCAGAAGUGUGUGCAUCCAUGACAGCUGUGUGUGCAGCUGUGAGGGGCCUUUCUCCAUCUUGGCCGCUUGGUGUUCAGAUUCUCUCAGCUGCAAACCAUUCAGCGUUGGCUGUUGCCCUGGCCUCAGGGCUGGAUUUUAUCCGUGCAGAGGGGUUUGUGUUCUCACAUGUUGCAGAUGAAGGCCUGUUAAAUGCUUGUGCUGGUGAGCUGCUGCGCUACCGCAGACGCAUUGGAGCAGAGCAUCUUCAGAUCUUUACAGACAUCAAGAAGAAGCACAGUGCUCAUGCCCUAACUUCAGAUGUGAGCAUAGCUGAGACGGCCCAAGCAGCUGAGUUCUUCCUCUCUGAUGGAGUCAUCGUCACAGGAAGUGCCCCUGGAGCACAAGCUGAUCCAGAGGAACUGAGGGAGGUUACCCAGUCUGUACGGAUCCCUGUUCUCAUCGGCUCUGGUGUAACCCAUGAUAAUGUGGAGCACUACCUUCAAGCGAGCGCCAUGAUCAUUGGCUCCUAUUUCAAGAAAGGAGGUUACGGGGCAAAUGGUGUGGAUGCUGAGAGAGUCAAGAGGUUCAUGGGGAAGAUACAUGAACUUCAGGAGUAACUGUUGUAAUUCAAAUUGUAAAAGAAAAAAUAAGUAUGAGCAAUGUGAAGAUAAAAUAUUUA